GCUGAGCAAUCACAAGAAGUAGUCUGCUGCCACCGUUUGGUUUAUUCUAAAUGAGUUAUGGAAAAUACAGAACAAACGCCAAAAUCGCUAGCAAAGGUUAAGUCCUCAAAAUGGAGAGAUUCGAUUCGAAAACUAUAUGCAGGGUUGGAGAAAAUCGCGCGAGCUGAGGAAUACAAGAUAGAUGUUGAAACGUUGGAGAGUAUAACAAAUGAUUUUGAAAAUUUUUUCAAAAACGGACACAAAAAGUCGAAACAGACAGUACACAGUCAGGAUAAAUUUCGACUUCUGUUUGGCAACGAAAUACUUGAUGGGACAUUUACUGAUCAGCACAGAGCCAUUUCGUUGUUGGACAAACGGGAGGAUAGUCCUAUAAAUGGUGAUACCCUUCUUCUACGUGCAAUGUCAAUAAAUGUGGAAAAAGAAAGCGAACAGGAAAAAACCCUUGGUAAGAUAAUACAAAUACUGGUAACUAAGUGUCCCGAGUUGAUUGUGUUUGCUAAAGACAAUGCAGGUUAUAAAGGAAUAACACCCGUUCAUCUCGCUAUUCUUAAAGAGGACAUAGACAUUUUGUCAACAAUGGCAAGAACUCUUCAUGGAAUAAACGAAGUUAGACUCUCAAAGGAGCAAAUACAGGGCAUUUGCGCUGUAGGACCUGUAUUUCAAAACACUGUCAUGAUGUCUGGAACUCCACUUGGUGUUGCUGCAUUAAAGUUCAAUAAAGAGGUGUUUGCUGUCGUACUUCAACACUUUGCUUCAGGCCUGGAUGUUACAAACGAUAAAGGUGACAACAUUGUUCAUUCACUGAUAAAGUAUGCUUACUUACAGCCAGACAAACUCGAUGCUGUUCUUGAAAUGCUAACCUUCGUGUUACAUGGUAAAUUCUUCACGACAGAUCGCAUAUUUGAGGAAAAGAAUUGGGAAAUUAGAAAACAGGCACGCCAAUUGCUGAUGAUGACAAACAAGGAAAAACUGAACCCCUUGCAACUUGCCGCCAAAAGACAGCAGUUUGGCAUUUUUGAAAAAAUCAUGCGAAGCGAAGACUAUCACUCAAGAGAAUCUGGCGAUGGUCUUUUUAAUGAGGAAGUAUAUGAUAUCACUGAAAUAGAGACCCUGGACUUAGAAGAAGACGCUGAAGAAAACGAAGAAGAGCAUAUCAAGCACGAACAGCAUGAAUCCGUUCUUGAGUAUCUUGUACAUCACCAAACGAACAACGCUUUCCUGUUUGCAGAGUUCAUGCCUGUGAAAGAAGUGAUUAGGGAAAAAUGGAAGAGUUAUAAAUGGUGGUUCAAUGGCUGGUUUGUCAUACAUAUAAUUGUUAUGGUCCUUCUUUCCGUCGCUGCUGUGUACAGGUCAAAACUGACGGGGCCUGUAUCUCGAAAUAAUACAGCUGAAUUUGCCUAUGUUGUUACUAGAAAUGCAUUUGUCACCGGAGUUUCAAUUGUUGGUCUACUACUAGGAUUAUCGUGUCUAGCUAUGGAGAUAUCAAGAAUACUUAUUUCUCGCUUUCAAUUCCAGGCAUCUUCAAAUGCUAUGAAACGUCUUUUGCGUCAUUUUAGCGCACCGUAUUCAAACUUCAUUUUCAGAAUAUACUUCAUUUUAUUUUCUCUUCUGCUUAUAACCGAUUGCGUUAUCGCUGCGAUCGAUGCCUCGGGGUCCUUGUCGGGUUAUGAAAAUUACUGCUUGAUCUUUGCUGUAAUUGUUGGUUGGUAUCUUAUGAUGUUCUUUCUGCAGACCUUUAAGGCGUUUAGUAUGUUUACUGUUUUGAUUCAGAAAGCAGUAAUAGAUAUGCUGAAAUUCGCCCUUGUUAUGGCAUUUUUUCUUGUGGCGUUUUCUGUAGCAAUGUAUAUGAUUAUGCAAGGUGCGGACACCGAAGAUGACGAUUUUAAUGAAUUUAGUACAACAAUGCUAAAGAUGUUGACUAUCAUGCUCGGUAUUGGCGAUCUAGGAAUUUUGUUUCAAGCCCGACAUCCGUAUCUGGCUAUUUUUGUUUUUGUUUUGUUUGUGCUGUUGACAACAAUCCUACUCUUGAAUGCACUGAUUGCUAUGAUGUCAAAUUCCUGCACUGAUCUUAUGAAUAAUUAUGGAGGUAUAUUAGCUUCAAAGCUCCAUUGUCGUCUGCAGAAGCUGUCCGUUAUUCUUUUCCUCGAAGGGUUUUUUCCACGAUGUAUCUGUAAGGAAGUUGGUGUUAAGAAGGGAAAAUAUAGAUACGAUAAUAAUAAAUGGGUUUGUAAUAAGCAGAGAAGAAUAUGGGCCAGGAGCUCAGUCCGUGACCAUGGAGGCACAGAAACCGAAAAAUCGCCCGAUCAAUUACAUCUUCCUCACCAGACACAGGCACAGAGUAUUGUGUCUUCAAUAAUGCAGCAGUUGAAUCCAAAGAUCAAAGAAAUAAAUAGUAAGGGUAACAGCAUUUCUCCAGAAAUUUCCACCACAACAACAUUUGAUCAAUCUCUUCAGCAGUCUCUGAAUACUACAAGAAGUCUUGGUAUAACAAACAUCAGUAAAUGCGACGUGUGCCAACAAAGUGACGUGAAGGCCGAGGAAACGGAGGUAGUAGUAGAAGAAAGUGAUAAAUAGGAAUCAUACUGAUAUUUGGAUUAGUGGCCAUUCUGUUCACCAGACAAAACAACUGCGACGUCAUCUAAAGUGCUUUCUACCUGAUAACAUGACAGCAUCGUCAAAACAGCGGACCGUUAUCACUUAGCAGCGUUAUCGUAGUUGUAGUGCCUUUCCUUUCAUGUUUAAUACAAAGUGAUUGCCGUAAUUUCAAUAAAACGAAUAAGGAGAAUGAAUAUAUACAGUAGCAUGUUCAAUGUUUAAAAAGGAUAAAAACGUUGUUUAAUACAUGUGUAAUUAUGAAUCACCUUUGCUUUUGCUACAUAACUGCAAAAGUUUCAACAAUCAAAGUUUUGUAUAUGUUUAAAAGAAUUAGAAACAAUUUGAACUUUUUAUAUUCACAUUAUUCACAGCUUGUUUAAGGUUUUAUGUCUUUUAGAUUUUUUUUUGCACAAACACUGUUUGGCUGAUUUUAAUAUUCUAACUUGUGUGUUUAGUUUGUAAUUGUACUGUGUUGCUUUGUUUAAAAAAUGACGAGUGUUAGAUUUCAUCAAAUUAAUUUGACUAGAACUUUGCUAUUUUUGCAAAUAAUACUUUAGAUAAUCCUUUCAAUAUAAUGUAUUUUAUUUUGUUUAGUUUUUGUAAUAAUAUUAUUAAUACUUAAUUUAUAGUACAAUUAUGUAUAAUUAUGAUAAAAGGACCUGAUAAAUCCUUUUCAAGGUUCGCUAUAAGCCAGUAUGUGUGUUGCAUGUAAUUCAAUACAUCAGAUCAAACUUAGUUUAGCGACCGUCAGUACAUAAGAAAAUUGUCUUUAUAUAUUUAGAUACUAAUCAUUAGAUUUUCGUAUUUAUCUACAAUCUCGUUUCUUUCACCGAGGUACCUCGAAUCAAAACGAUUUCAAGGCAAAUUCGUUUUUUAAAGUUUGCAGUCAGUGAUAAUCCCCCCCCCCCCUCCCCCCCAAAAAAAACAAAAAAAAACACGCUUACGAUUUGGCAAUUAAUCAAUUAAUUUUGAAUUUCUAUGUAUCUAAUAAUACUCAUAUAUGUUUACCUCACUAUGUUGUAUUGUCCUACUUUCCAUUUUGUUCUGCUUUGUCUAUUAGUGUGUAUGUGCUGACGUGGAUGCAUAUACACAUUCAUGCGUACAUAUAUUCACGUUCAUAAGUAAACACACACACACACACAUAUACAUACAUACAUACAUAUAGGGAGUGUGUGUGUUAGUCUUGUACAAGUUUAUAGUUCACGAUCUAGGGAAGGAGACUGCAUUUUUGAUAUUCAUCGUAGCUUUUUACAAUUUAUCCAAAACAACCUACCUAUUUCUCUAAUCCACCUUAUUUUUUCAUCUUAAAUAUAAGUGUGUUUGUUGUUGGGUUUUGAAGUGGUAACUCCGCUAUAUCUUUCCACUACAAGUUCUUUUUGUUGCCAUGGGUUUUGACACUAUAGUGACAGAAUGUACAAUGUACAGAAUGUGAUAAUCCGUACUCAGUUACUUCUUGAAUCUCCCCUUGCCAUCACCAUUAGUUUGUUAGGGCUUAGUAUCCUCCUCCGCCACAUUACCACCUUUGCCCAUCCCCUGACACAAAAACUUUUUCUUUAAAUUUUACUUCCUCCUUCGAUGGUCUUAAACUUCAGAUGUAUUUUGCACAGAUUUGUAGAGCUCUUGCCUUUUCUUCUAUGCAUUUCUUUUGCAUAAUCAGGUGGUUGUACGUUCUUGUCCAAAGAAAUAUGUCUGACUUCUGACACAAGUUAUGUGUACAAAACAUUUCGUACUACAUUUGAGCUAUUAAUCUAAAAUACUUGUAAUUGACGUAAAGCAACGUGUACAAUGUAGGCGGAUUAGGUAAGGUUAAACAUCAAAAGUGUAGAAAUACAGAUAAGAUCAUAUAAGUUUACUAGUAACGCGGACAAAAAUAUUAUACAAACGAGUUUAUGUAAAGUCUGACAGUACAGCCAAAGCAUGCAAUAACGGUAUAAAGGCAAAUAAUGACAACUUACUACUCUCUUCUAUGUAUACAUACAACUGCGUUUCAUGGGGUAAUUACAACAGAUUAGUGGGAUCUGGCAAGAUAAAUAUGUUUGUUUGUUUUGGGUUUAACGCCGAACAAAGUCAUCAUAUUGUUUGCAAAAAUAAUAAAAAAAAUUCUCAAUUUUGUAAAUUGAGUAACAUUUGUUAACGAAACAGAGGAACAUACUUCUAUCUAGACAAGUGUUUAAACCUGAUUUAUUUUUUCGAAAUUAAAUAUUAACUAGACUAAGUGUAAGAAAUAUGUCACGCAUACUCUUAUCUAUUUCAGUCUCAAUUGUAAUAUAGAAAAUAAAAGUACAGAUAGUUUGCAUGUUAAUAAGUGUUAACGGCUAAAACUGAUCUGUUUUAAGCAUCUAAUAUAUUUGUUUCUUGUUAAAUCCUCUUUUUUCCGAUAAAUAUAAUUCUCUUAUUUCUUGUCAAAUGCAUGAAUAUUGAUGAAUAGAAUAGAAAGUUUUA